GUAUCUUUUCGCGUUACGUGAGUGUGUGAAGCCGACCAAGAUGGCGGAGGCGGAAGCCAGCAGAUGUUUGCUAGCUCUGCUGAAUGGCGUCGCUCAACAAGUUUAUUAUGGCAAGACCGACGUGACGGAGGAUUUGUUAAAAAGUGAAAUUUACACGGACAUGUCCCAGGAAGACUUUAAGGCCUUGUACGACAAAAUGAAAACACUUUUGAAGUCCAUCGCCACAGCCGACAUGGACCAUGCCCAACUGGAGGCCUUCCUCACCGCCCAGACCAGGAAGCAGGGGGCGGCUGCCGUGACCCCCGAACAGGCUGCCGCCCUCACUCGCUUCUGGAAGAGCCAGCGUGUCCGCGUGAGGGACAGCUUGCUGUCCCACAGCCGCUGGGAGCCCGGACUCAAGGGCUUGUCCUGGAGGGUGGACCUCCAGACGGCGGCGGGCGGGAGGGGGCCGGUGGCUCUGAUGGAGCUGGAGCUGGGCAGGAGCGGCCAGGACUCCCAGUUUGUGUGUGUGGAGAUGGACGAGGACAAAGUCCAACACAUGCUCAAGAAGAUGGCUGACAUCCAGGCCAGCAUCGACGCCAUCCUUCAGCGCACCUGACACGCCUCCAGAAACCACCUAGCCUGUUUUAUCCAACAUGGAUGACAUCGUGCAGGUGAACAUCCAAAAUGGCUGCACCAUGAAACCAUCAUGAGACACUGAGGAGCCUUGUGGGACAAAUUCUAAAUUAUACUGGACCUGGUCAGUCCUUCUUGUCAUGUGACAUCAAUAAACAUAUCAAAAGAGAUCUUUUUUGUGGCCGUUA